AUGAAUCAUAUAGCAAAAGAUAACUUGAUUGAUCUUAACUCAAAAUUAACAGAUGAAAAUUAAAGACUUUCAUUACUUGUCUACAGUCUUCAACGAUAAUUAGAGAAGGCAGCAGUUUAAAUUAACUAUGCUUAAUCUUUAGAGGAAAGGUUGGAAAGUGUCUCAUUUGAAUUGAUAUAGCUAAGAAGAGAUAAUCAAAUCUUAUAAGAACAAUUAUAUCUUGUUAGUUAAUCAUCAAUAUCAAUGGAUAAAGAACAGACUUUUUAAGAAGAGAUAGAAAGUGUGAAAAUAUAAUAUGAAUAGAAACUAUAAGUGUUACUUAAAGAGAAUAAAAGACUCAAUCGUAUAAAUAAGGAGUUAUAGAAUAAAUAGAUUAACAAUUUAGAGACCUAAGCCUAAAAAUUAAUGGAAUUGAGUGUUGAAUUAAAAAAUAAGUUGGAUAGUUUUGGAUAACAAUCCUCAUCCUUGAAUUCAUCAAUUAUGGCUCCAAAAGUGUUAACUAAGUAGAUUUAUGACAAUUUAAUCUAAUAAUUAUCAUAAAGUAGUGGAGAAGAGAAGACUUUUCGAACAACUUAGUACUAAAUUUACUUAAUAUUAGACCUAAGAGAUUGCCUGUUUUGUAAAUCAAAGAAACUAAAUAGCAAAAUAACAAUAGCCAAAAAAAUUUUGCAGCUAUUCCUUUUAUUUCGAAUAUUAAUAGUGUUAAAUGA